AUGGCGUGUACGAGUUUACCAGUGAUAAACAAUGGAUACAUCACCGCCAGUACUUCCGAGAGAGUGGAGUAUGAAUGUCUUGCUGGAUUCAAACUUAUAGGAAACAAAGUGAUAGAAUGCGAUGGUACCAAUGGUUGGCCACAAGCGCCAUCUUGUCAAGUUAUAAAGCAGGAUUUUAACAUCAUCGAUUCCUCGAGUAAUCUGUACAGGUUUGUUAUUUUGGUUCUAUUUUUAAUCUUGUUUAUUGUCAGCGUUGUCCUCUGUUGUUUUUGCAAGAAGUGGAAGGGGGCAACAGUGCAUCCUAUUGGUGGAGGAGAAGAAGGUUCAACCAAUGAGAAGAGCCGAGACAAAGACGAGCAGAUAACUCGAAAUAAAAGGCAAGAAUUCAGAAACCUACAACCUAGAACGAACGCAACUGCCAAAACCAAAAACACCAUGACACCAGUUGAAACUAACGAGCAUGGACCGCUUUCUUCGUCUGGAGUAUUUGUCACCGAAGAGUCGGUGAAGAUUCCGGUAGAGAAAUACGACGACCGCGACCAAGAUCGACCAUCCUCCCGCAUGGAUAUCAGAGUGCCAUUGACAUACAUACACUUAGAAGAUGAUGACGAACCCAAAUCUAGUCCCACUGCUUCACAAAAGGUGCUUCGGCGAUCCAACGAUAAGUUCCUCAACGAGCCAAAAACCGUGGAAAUCUUCCAUCAUCACAUCCACAGCAAGAAUCAACCAGAAGCCAGUCCGGAAAGAUACAAAAGGUACCCAAACCAUGGAGAUGCUCAAUGGAUGACAUCUCCCGGAAGUGAAACAAGUCGUGGAUACAAGUCCUCGACAGAUUCAUCCGGGCACAAUAAGCAGGUAUUUGACUCACCAAGCAACCAAGGUUUCUACAGAUCUAAAUAUUACCUGGACGAAAUCAAAAACUACAAAAAGAAAGUAGAAGGCUCCAAAGAUAACCCGGUUUGGCGACCACAUGUCCGAUCUACACAGCGCUACUAG